UGAUUCUUAAAUAUAGAAAAUAUAAUUAAGGCGAAAAGAAAAAGAAAAAGAAAAAUAAACGGAGCGGAGGUGAAGGGAAGAGGUGCCUGUCUUCUCCCUCGUCUGCAUCACGCCCUUCCCUCCGUUCUCUCCUGGUUUAUGCAUGCCUUCCAGAUUUCAAUCCAACAUUUUCCUUACACGCUACAGUGAGGAGAGGGAGAAGGAGAGGGACGCACUAAGAGAGGGAGAGAAAACAAGAAAGGGAGGGGAGAUCCAAGUUCGAAGACAACGGAGGGAAGUUCGAAGAGAACGGAGGGAGGGGAGGAAAAAAAUAAAAGGGAGAGGACAAGGAAAGAAAAGAAGAGUGGAAAGAUGCAGAACAAUUUUCUGACGAGUAUAAGGAGCAUGAAGCUGAUCGACGGGUGUAAAAGCACGCAGGUAUACGCGCUGAAUCCCUCGGCCACCGUCGCCACCGCUGCUGAGAGGCUAGCGAGCUUCCGACCAACGUUCUCCCUUCGCUCUAAAUCUAUCAGCCAGGAGUCCAACCCAAUUAAUAACCAGCAUCAAAACCAUCACCAUCACACCCUUUCUCUGGAUUCCCUCCUAUCAACCUUUGGUCUUCCCUCUCCCGAUCUCAUUCACCCGUCUAUCGACCCUUUCUUCCGUCCCAUUGAACAAGUGGACGCCCUUGCAUCUGCCUUCGUCUCCUUAUCCUCUUACAUUUCUUCAUCCCCUUCAUCUUCGCAUCCGUCCAACUCGCUCUGUAACAUCCAUCUCGAGCACAGCGCCCUCCUACGCGGCAUUGACGACCCGAAGUUGUUCCGCCGCGCUCUCCGCUCUGCGCGUAUCCAUUCCCGGGAUAUCCACCACAAGGUUGUCCUUUCCGCCUGGCUUCGCUACGAGCGGCGGGAGGACGAGUUCGAGCCAUUCCCUUCACCUGUUUCCUGCUCCUCGACCUCGCCCGCUCUAGAAUGCCCCCGUGCCGCGCUCUCUCCAGGCUAUGCUCCUGACGUCCCCUUUGAUCCCUGCCCCUGCCGCUGCAUCGCUGAUCCAUCUGCCCCCUCAUCAACUCCGGCUCGGCCACCUGAUCUCGACGUAGAAGACAUUGAUCUCUGGUUUUGCAUUGGCGAGGAGGAGAUACCUUGCGUACGCGGCAGCAUAGCCUCCCUAUCCAGACCCCUUGCAACGCUGCUCUACGGUGCAACGCUGCUCUACGGCGGUUUCGCCGAGACUUGCUUCGAGCGCAUUAACUUUACCCAUAACGGCAUCUCCGCCCGUGCCAUGCGCGCCGUAGAAGCUUUCAGUCGCGGUGGCUCCCUAAAUGACUAUCCGCCGGACACCGUACUCGAGGUCCUUGCCUUUGCUAAUUGCUUUUGCUGCGAGGAUCUCAAGGCCGCCUGCGAUUCGAAGCUUGCCUCCCUUGUCCGCAAUUUGGACGACGCCCUCCUCUUUAUCGACGAUGCUCUGGAAGAAGCGGCUUACCUGCUCGUGGCCGCCUGCCUCCAGGUUUUCCUCCGCGAGCUGCCCAGGUCUCUGCAAAGGCCGGAGAUCAACUUAAUUUUGUGCAGUCCUGAGGGCAAAGAGCGGCUGGCGAUGGCUGGUCACGCCUCGUUUGCUCUAUACUACUUCCUAAGUCAGGUAGCCAUGGAGGAGGACCUGAGGUCGAACACUACAGUAAUGCUUCUGGAGAGGAUGGGUGAAUGUGCUUCCCAUGGGUGGCAGAAGCAGCUUGCAAUGCAUCAACUGGGUUGUGUAAUGCUUGAGAGGGGCGAGUACAAGGAUGCACAGAAAUUUUUUGAGGUAGCCGUGAAGGAAGGGCAUGCGUAUUCUGUUGUUGGCGUAGCUAGGGCGAAGUACAAAAAAGGGCACAAGUACUCUGCCUAUAAGCUUCUAAAUAGCAUGAUGUCUGAGCACCCUUCCUGUGGUUGGAUGCAUCAGGAACGUUCUUUAUACUGCAAUGGCAAUGAGAAGAUGAAUGACUUGAGCACUGCCACGGAACUUGAUCCAACUCUCUCUUAUCCUUAUAAAUAUAGGGCUGUGACACUGGCAGAGGAGGAUAAACUUGGUGCAGCCGUUGCAGAAAUCAGCAAGAUCCUAGGGUUCAAGGUUUCAACGGAUUGUCUUGAGCUGCGGGCAUGGUUCUAUUUGGCUCUUGGUAGUUAUGAGUUGGCUUUGCAGGAUAUCAGGGCUAUCUUGACCUUGGAUCCUGGUUACAUGAUGUUUCAUGGGAAGAUGCAUGGGGAUCAACUGAUUGAUACUCUUAGGCAAUAUGUGCAGCCCUGCGAUAUGGCUGACUGUUGGAUGCAACUGUAUGACCGGUGGUCUGCUGUAGAUGAUAUUGGUUCGCUUGCUGUGGUGCACCAGAUGCUGACUAACGAGCCUGGAAACAGCAGUUUACGGUUUAGGCAAUCUCUUCUUCUGCUAAGGUUGAAUUGUCAGAAGGCUGCAAUGCACAGUCUGCGGAUGGCUCGAAAUCAUUCGACUAGUGAACAUGAGAGGCUUAUUUAUGAAGGUUGGAUUUUAUAUGACAGUGGUCAUCGCAAGGAAGGACUGGCAAAGGCAGAAGAGUCUAUUGCUCUUCAGAGAUCAUUUGAAGCUUUUUUCCUGAAGGCAUAUGCUCUAGCUGAUACAAGUCUAGACCAGGCAUCUUCUGCCCAAGUUAUUCAGCUGUUGGAACAAGCUAAUAGCUGUGCUUCUGAUAACCUCCGAAAAGGGCAGGCACAUAACAAUAUGGGAAGCGUUUAUGUGGAUUGUGACAUGCUGGAUGAGGCUGCCGAAUGCUACAUGAAGGCUCUGGGCAUCAAGCACACACGUGCCCAUCAGGGUCUAGCUCGUGUUUUUUAUCUUAAGAACCAAAAGAAAGCAGCUUAUGAUGAGAUGACAAAGCUGAUUGAAAAGGCUAAAAACAAUGCUUCAGCGUAUGAAAAACGAUCAGAAUAUUGUGAUCGUGACAUGGCAAGAAGUGACCUUAAUAUGGCAUCAAAGUUGGAUCCUCUGAGGACCUAUCCUUAUAGAUACAGGGCUGCAGUGCUAAUGGAUGAUCACAAGGAAAACGAAGCCAUCUCUGAGCUCUCGAGAGCAUUAUCUUUCAAACCCGACCUUCAGCUCCUUCACCUGCGUGCUGCUUUCUAUGAUUCAAUUGGCAAUACAGCAGCCGCAUUACGAGAUUGCGAGGCAGCACUAUGCAUCGAGCCCGAUCAUGCUGAUACACGCGAACUCUACUGCAAAGCUCGUGCACGAGCCGCAGAGCAACAGUAGCAGCACAUUUUCCAUGUUUUACUUGUUUGAAAAAUGCAUUUUUGGAUGCAUUAAGCAUGGAGCCAGCCGAAGUGGUGAGGAAAGCGGUAUGUAUAUAUCUUAACAGUGAGUCCAUUCGGGUUUCAUGUCCGAGCUUAUACGCUGUAGAGAAUUUGCACGCAAAUGCUGCUUAUUGCUGCCAUCAAAAUUGAACUUUUUUCAUAGGGCGGCUUAUUUCUUUUCAGAACGUUUGUA